UACAAUUUGUAGACACGACGGUGGUUAGGUGGCGGCUGACACGAUCUUUCCUUUACAUGUUUACUUUAGUCUUUAGAUAGAAAGACGAUGAAGCGAUUACGCAUGAAACGACGACAGUAGAGACUAGAGUACAGACAAGCUGAAUAAAGUACCCUCAGCUGAUUUAACCUGCCAACUGGUAGAAAAAUGAAGACAGCAGAUUAGAGAUUGUCGGACAUUUGUCAACAUCGAAGAUCUGAAAAUUCAUCCACUAUGCCCAAAGGAGAUCAAGUCGACCUACAACGAACUCUGACCUUUGUCAGUUUUUUCUAUUUUACGUACUCAGCUAGUAAAGCAUGCCUCUUCCCCUUUUUGACCCUGUACUUCCGUCAACUAGGCCUGAGUGCCACCCAGACGGGUGUCAUCUGUGGACUGAAGGCUUUCGUUGCACUGUGGGGUGCACCGCUGUGGAGCAGCUGUGCUACAAAACAUGGCAGACAGCGUAUCGUUUUGAUGGUUGCUAUGUUUAUGAUGCUGGCAUCUAACCUUGGGUUGACGCUGUUACCGCCAGCAGAUGGAGAUCUCUAUUUAGCCUACUGCAACCCUAGAAAUAAUUCGGCAAACUACAGAGAACCUUCAAACAACUCAAGAGUUGAUAAUGAAGAUGCUGUAAGCAUGCCUUCAUCAACCGCCCCUACAACUCGUUACACAUCGACCCUGUCAGGUAGUCCAUUCUCAACCUCUCAAACCUCAAAGGACUUCAUCGGUUCAACUGAUUCUAACCUGUGGAUCAACACCAAGAAGACAACAACUCUUUAUUUAAGAAUAAAACCAACCAGAAAACUACCCUUUGAUAAUUUCCAUCCAAAUCUCAACCACGAUACGGGAAGUACAGCACGGCCUUCACCUCACAAUAACGCAAAUCAGAUUUGGACUCCUAAGCCAAGCAACCCCCUUCCAGAGUCAAAUACUCUGCCAGAAUCCAACUCCCAGUACACUGAAGAAUCUACAGCUGAUCAUCUCCAAUCAAACAAUGAACAGUCCCAACUUGAGGAUUAUCAAGAUUCAGCACCUAGUUAUAUUUCAACCACUCCAACUCUACCUGCUGUUGUGUCCCCUUCGACAACGAAAAGCAACAACCAGCAACUAAAUCACAACCAAUAUUAUAACCAUGAAUCUGUGAUGCAGCCACAAAGCAAUAACCUUAAGUUAAAUCCAAAUCACAAUGAUGGAAGACCUGGGACCCAUCUGAACUGGGGUAACAUCGAUCAUAAUCAAGCAUCAGGAAACAAAAAGAAGAAAUUUAAUCAUAAGCCAAACCAAAGGCAGAGGAAACCCACUUUGACAGAAAACUCAAAUAGUAAACCAAAUCGGAGGCAAAAGAUUGAAACGACAAAAUCUAUCUUUGCAGGAAAACCAAGUGUAUCUCAUGACAGAAAGAAGCGUAGCAACGUCGAUAAACACACUGUACCGAUUGAGGCAUCUGAAAUAUCACAAAAUAACCAAUAUCCUCAGUCGUUGGGCCAGGCACAGGACAUUGUAAGUAAACCUCUGACCAGUUUCCUUGAAUCUGAGCACAUUGUGUUUGUAAUUGCACUCCUGAUUGUGGUCAUCGGGGAGAGCCUUUCGUGCCCCGUUGACAAAAUAUGCGACAGCAAUCUACAUGAGACUCUGGAUGCUGUAGAUGAACUUGACAAGUACAAGAGACAUCGAGUGCCGAGUAUGAUUGGCUUUGCCAUCUUUGCCGUGACUGUUGCAGUUAUUGUUGACAAGACGGACUGCCGUAUCUUCCUGAAGGCGAGCCACUUCAUGAUCCACUUUUACAUGUUUGCGGUUCUCCUCGGACUUGCCUUCUUGUUGGCUUUCUUCUACCCCAUCCCUGCAAUAAGGAAAGGAAACAAGCAGAUGAGAUUCUGUAAGGGCAUCAGACUGCUCUUUGCUGAUCCGCACAAUGUUGUGGUGACACUCACUACAUUUAUUGCAGGAGCGAUAGCGUCAAACAUACACAAUUUCCUCUUCUGGCAUAUGCAAGACCUUGGAGGAUCAGAAGUUGUCAUGGGAGUUGCGCUGCUAGUCUCUGUCACCUCCCAAAUUCCAAUGCUUUUUCUAACUGGCUGGUUGACUCGAAAACUUGGCCACACUGGUGUCCUGGUUGUGGCAUUGCUGUGCCUCUCAUCACGUCUUCUCUACUUUGCGUUUCUGUGGACACCUUGGGCUGUCGUUCCAGUUGAAGUGCUGUGCGCGUUCAGUCAGCAGGCUCUCUUCCAAACAGUAUCCUCGUACGCUGAGCAGAUAUCCCCCCCAGCUAUGGACCGAUCCACACAAUCCAUCCUGAACUCUAUGUACCAUGGUCUCGGCUUCUUCAUCGGGGGUUCCGUGGGGGGCCUCGUCUACGAUCAAGUGGGGUUGAAGGUCCUGUACAGUGCGUCGGCAGGCCUGGCCCUUGCUUGGGGGAUGGUUGUGGUCUUGGUUGAACAGCUCGUCCCCAAGAAGAGGAAGCUUCAUUAUUCAUCACUGCUGCGGCGAGAGGAAGAUGCAGAUGAAGACUAUCUGAGCGAGGAAGAAUCUGAUGAGGUUUAUGGAAAUGAUUGGCUCGUUCAAGCUCUAAAGGAUGAACUGUAGUACGGUUCAUGUUUACACGGAUGAACUUUAGUAUGGUUCAUUGUACAAUUGUUGCAUGCUGUGACGGGGUCCAUGGCGUUUUGUACACCCGAGUGGGGAAAUGGAACCCGAGGCGAAGCCGAGGGUGCCAUUUUCCCCCGAGGGUGUUCAAAAUCCAUGCACCCCAAAUCACAGCGUGCAACAAUUGUUUUGUUAUACCUUGGUAACAUGGUUAUUCCUCUUCUCAAAGUUAUGUUGUCAUCUUCAAACACUAUAACGACGGAGUAUGCACAAAUUAAUAAGCAGGCGAACAGUUGUUCAAAAUAAGAAACCAUUCUUCACUGUUCCCUCAACCCGUGGUCAUUUCGUACUAAGAGCUGGAAAUCGACCAACGGUGGGAACGAUCAAGUUGAUGUACACCGGUUAACAUAACUCAUGUUACCUGUUGCGCUGUGCAGCCAUGGUACAUUAUACAAUUGUUGCACGCUGUGAUGAGGUCCAUGGCGUUUUGUACACCAGAAGGGGAAAAUGGCACUCGAGGCGAAGCCGAGGGUGCCAUAUAGUAUGGUUCACAAUACAAGGAUGAACUAUAGUAUGGUUAAUACAAGGUUGGACUAUAGUAUGGUUCAUGUGUACAAGGUUGAACUAUUGACCCCUGGCACGCACAUCACACGCCUAAAAUGCGCACUUCAAUGAAUAACGCCAGUGACUUUGACCAACAAAAUGGCGCUUCAAAGAUUAUUCUGAUGAUGAUGUCAGGUGAAUUGGGUCAAUAGUUUGGUUCAUGUAUACAGUGAUGACAGAGAUGCCAAGUCCAGAGGCCAGCUUUGCGUGAGACUUUGCGUGCGCAAUCUGCAAAUUUGCGCUGUGCUUGUACGGUAGCUAGUUGAUGAUUCUGAUAAACUGCGUGCAAUCUGAAGAUUG